AUCUUAGCCAAUGGAGACGGAUUACGACACCGAGCUGCUGAGAUAUAUAAAGAGCCCCUUUUUGACCGCACUUGCAAAUUUUUUUUUUCAGUGACACUUCUGCACAUGCACACACCUCCAUGGACUACAUUGCACACGGGGACCCCACUGCGACCAUCAUAUGCUGCAAGUGAGCUCGCUAUGCAUUCAUCAAGCAGAUAAUUUACCUUUCAAUCAAAAAGAGCUGGUCACACACUGGAACGCACUUUUUUGUUGUUGAAAACUUUAUUUCAGAACCUCCUGCUGCAGAGAGAGAGAGAGAGAGAAAAAGCAACCCACUUCGGGCUGAUUGUGGAUUAGAUGCAUGUCAAUGAUUCGGAGGCUUUUUUAGGCUGAGACAAGGACCCAAAAGGAUAUACUGAGGAAUAAAUCAACUAAAAGAAGCGAAAAAAGUUUCUUCCAUCAUUAUGCCGAGGUACAAUUUCUUCCCAUGCUUACUGGCGCUCAUCUUCCUGGGACUGUCAGGGAGCGACGAGCCCAAUGUGCUGCUGCCUCCUGCCAGCGAGCCGCCCACGGACGCGGGGCUGUCUCUGCUGGACGAGGACGCUGGCUCCCACGAGUGCUCCGCCUGCGUUUGGAGGGAACAAAGUAAGGUGCUGCGGCUGGAGACCAUCAAGUCCCAGAUCUUGAGCAAGCUGCGCCUGAAGCAGGCGCCCAAUAUCAGCCGGGAGGUGGUCAACCAGCUGCUACCCAAGGCGCCCCCGCUUCAGCAGCUCCUGGACCACCACGACUUCCAGGGAGACGCGUCGGCCCAGGACGAGUUCAUGGAGGAGGAUGAGUACCACGCAACGACAGAGUCCGUGAUCACCAUGGCCUCGGAGCCGGAGCCCCUGGUGCAGGUGAACGGGAAGCCCAGCUGCUGCUUCUUCAAGUUCAGCCCUAAGCUGAUGUUCACCAAGGUGCUGAAGGCUCAGCUGUGGGUGUAUCUUCGGCCGCUGCAGCAGACCUCCACCGUCUACCUGCAGAUCCUGCGACUGAAGCCCGUCACGGAGCAGGGCAGCCGCCACAUCCGAAUCCGCUCCCUGAAGAUAGAGCUCAACUCCAGGGCCGGCCACUGGCAGAGCAUUGACUUCAAGCAUGUGCUGCAGAACUGGUUCAAGCAGCCCCACACCAACUGGGGAAUCGACAUCAACGCCUUUGAUGAGAGCGGCAAUGACCUGGCAGUUACCUCGCUGCGACCCGGGGAGGAGGGGCUGCAGCCGUUCCUGGAGGUGAAGGUCCUUGAGACCACCAAGCGUUCUCGGAGGAACCUCGGGUUGGACUGCGACGAGCACUCCACCGAAUCUCGCUGCUGCCGCUACCCUCUGACCGUGGACUUCGAGGCGUUCGGCUGGGAUUGGAUCAUUGCCCCCAAGCGUUAUAAAGCCAACUACUGCUCCGGCCAGUGUGAGUACAUGUUCAUGCAGAAGUAUCCGCACACCCACCUGGUGCAGCACGCCAACCCGCGCGGCUCCGCGGGGCCCUGCUGCACCCCGACCAAGAUGUCCCCGAUUAACAUGCUUUAUUUCAACGACAAGCAGCAGAUCAUUCAUGGCAAGAUCCCAGGGAUGGUGGUGGAUCGAUGUGGAUGCUCUUAGGCUGCAGACGGAGAGACACACACUUAAGUUCAGCCCCUGUUAAACCACCCAAAACCCCUAUGGAGCUCUCUCCUCGGCACCAGAUUUCACUUUUGCUCUGCCACAGAAACAACCUGCUGGGUUUCCAUUUUUUCCAGUAAUUAAUUUGAUUCUAACUGUAUAAAAAAAAAGUUAUAAAUGAAAACAAGAAUCAAAAAAAGAACUGAAGAUGGAAAUACAGUAUAUUAUGAAUGAUUUGGGUCUGCUUGUGGAGCAGCCUCGGAAAACGGUGAGACAAAAUUAUGUUAUAGAGUAAAUGUUAGUUUUGUGAUUUUUUUUAUGGCAUCUUUGUGAAGUGUCCAGGUUAGCGGAAUGUGUUGACAGGUGACAUGAGUAUAUUUCAUUAAGCAGCGUCCGCUUUUAGGGGCCGUUCCAAUAUAUUUAAUUUUCAUUUACAUUCAGAAAAUAUUUGUAUCCAUUUAAGUGUUUGCAUAGAAAAGGGGGCAGGAUCAAAAUCAUUUUGCAAUUCAUAAAUUUUUACAACAACUCAGUAGCCGCAUUAAAUAAAAUAACAAUAAUAAUAAUAAUAAUAAUAAUAAUAGUUGAGAAACAGUUUGGACAAAUCCAAAAUGUGUUUACAGAUGUUUAGAGAUCUCAAAAGUUGCCGAGAUCCAAAACCAAACCAAUUAUUAACUGCUAAUAAUUGUGUAAUACCCCAGAGAAAGAUUUCUACAAAUAGCUGUGAAACUUAAUCUUGAAAUAAAUAAAAGCUAAAAAGUUAAACUGGUUCAAUUCUGUCCCCCAAAGUAAAUAAAUUCUCAAUAAAAGUAGAUAAUAUUUGAACUCAUUGAAAUCUAAAAAGAAAACAUCAUGUAGAUGCAAAUGUAGAUGUAGAUUUGGAAGAGCAGAAAGUUCAGUAAGGCAAGAUUACAAGGUGAUUUUUCAACAUUAAAGUAGAAUAUCACACUCAACUUCUCUUUUAAAACCGAGACAUGCAAUAAAUGCACUGUUUCCUUAUGAAAAGAUGGUUAAAGCGAGAUAAUUAACACUAUUACACAGUUCUGCUUACAGUGAGAAACUCACCAUGAGUGUGGAUGUCAUGUUAAUUUGGAGCUUAUAAAAACGUGGUAGUUCAUUAUUCCAGUCAUUAGCACACAAAUAAGUGCCAAAGUUUUAAUUUGUUUUACCUAUCGAUGUAUUUUCUGUACAUGAAUAGGUGAAAUGUGUACUUACACACUAAUAUUUAGCUGAAUAUUCUUUAUCGAGAUGCAGAAAACCACAUACUUUUCUCCCCAUCAACAAGCUUCUGGUACAGUUCUGUCAGAAUAUUGGACCACUCUUCUCACCACAAUCAGUGGAGCUAUUAUUUUAUUUUUAUUUUAUUUAAUUACAUUCCAGUAUUGCGGUUCUAGCCAUUUGAAAAACCUAAAGUUAGCCUGCUCUAUCCCAGAACCAGAAACAACUCCAUGGCAUUAUGCUGCCACCACCUUGCUUUUACAGGUGGUACAGUUUCCUCAACUUUUGAAAGGAUCAUCUUUCAUCGGAGUCAUUUUCUCAUCUUUCACAAAAAUAAAAUGUGGGCGACAGCAAAUUCAGCUUCCAGGUGUCAAAUCUGGAGCAGGAGCUUCUUUCUUUCUCAGCAUCCUUUCAGUCUGUGUUGAUGUUAAACUUGAUGCACUGUGAAAGGCGGUGCUGCUCUUCCUGCAUCUUCCCAUUUAAAAUUAGCUUCCAUCUUUCCUGUGUUGUUCUUAUAUUUUCUGACUUGUGUUCCUCCCUCUGACGGAGGCAGACUGGGUAAAAGAGCUGAGACAUGGAGAUGCUGUAAAUGAGUGUUGCAACAGAUCAAAGAUCCAAAACACACAUAAAAACUGGUUUUGCAAUAGACAAAGAAGGCUUACAUUAAGCUUCUGGGAUGGCACCAACCCCAGUUUGAUUGAAAAUAUAUGAAUUAUGCUUCAACUCGGGGUUAAAACAACCAAUUUAAAUGAGCGCCACCAAUUCUGCUUAGAAGAGGGGUCAAAUGUUUUGCCAGAAGCUCUAUGGCAAGAGGAAGCAAUGUAGUUUCUCUACAAUUUGCUGAGUGAGAUUUAAUCAAAUAUUAGUUAAUGUAGGGAUAUAUUAGGGCCAGUAAAUUCUGAGAAAAUUCACAAUAAAUUUAAACUUGUGCACCCAAUUGUUUUUAAACUUACGAAAGUUGCCUUUUAUAUAAUCGAUCCACCCUGCAAAGUGAAAACGUACCGUUACUUGUGAAAAUCAAUGUGACAUUCACGUCCACUGUGUUCAUGAAAAAACUGUAAAACAGCUGAGAAACAUAUUUUAUUUCUAGACGUUAACCUAUUUCUACAUGUUUGCAUCUAUGUAAGAAGAAAAAAAACACUUAAAUGACAGAGGAGCAUUAGCUACUUUACCCCUAAGUUAGCAUUUUUUUCUUCAAUGCUAGAGUGAGCAGUACUGCUGUUCUAAAAAAUUAUUAUAACUGUUAUUAUUACCAUAACUAAGACAAAAACAAAAAAAAACACCUGGUCUGCAACAUUUAAAAAAAAUAAAUAAAUCAAGAUACUGGCUUUACAACCAGCUUUUGUUUAGCGAACAUAUUGGAUUGCAUUUUGAAAUGCCCCCAUCCAUCAUCAUCAUCAUCAUCAUCAUCAUCAUCAUCAUCAUCAUCGUCACAAUAGAGAAAAUAAUGUUAGUGCUUAAACAGAGUAGAUUAGUUUGCUCGAAGCUUGUCUUUGUCUCCUGGAUGUCGAAGCAAAGAUAUCCUUUUGUUAUAAAAACGAAAGCACUAUGCUGUUGGAUAAAGUGAGAGCCUUCUGACAUUAUAAAUAAAUGAUAUAUGUAUAUAUUAAAAAAAAAAAGGGGGUUACAAAAACCCUUUUGGGGGGCACUCUACCUUACCAACAAUAAAUUUUGCACUAUGGGACGUUCAUGGCGUGAGGAGCUGAAGUGUUGUUUGCGUUUUACCAAGCACAAGAGAGCUUGUACAGUAUAGGAUAAAAAAAAUAAAUAUUCAUGCUUCUGGUGAUAAACCAUCGAGUAGAGAAGUUUUCACUUCUUUUUGAUACCAUCACACUUUCCUGACUUUGUCUGAAGCGGGGGCCUGUCCAUACACUCACACACUUCGAUUCAAUCUGGAACCUGGAUGUACUGUAACGGCAGCCUUAAAGGCCUCUGUUCCCACUUGUCAUGUGUGUAAUAUAUGUCUGGAUCUAUGGAAAUGCUUUAACUGGAAAUGGCCCACCCAUCAACCUUAAUUUGUUAUUGUGUUAGGAAGAUUGAGAAUUGUUAACUUAACGUGUCAUCUGUCUUGUAUCUUUUUUUUUUUUUUUUGCUUUUAUGUGUGUUGUAAGUGAGAGCAGCCAUUCAAAUAAAAAAAAAAAUGGGAGUAUCCAGGGAUCGUUAGCCAAAGUAGAGGACGACAAGUUAUGUGCCGUAACCUUUGUGAUUGCAGGAAUAUGCUAGAACACUUCAAAGGGAGGAAAAGGCUGGUUUAGGGGCUGUGGUUAAAAAAUAAAGAAAGAAAAAAUCAACUGAUCGGUUAUUUAUUACUUACAAUGCAUUUCCAAGUCUGUCUACCUCACUUUAGUCUUCAAGUUUUGUCUUUUUUUUCCAGAAAAAUGAAGAGUCAACAUAAAAACGCAUAAGAGCCACAUCCCCUCCAAAAAUUUCAACGUAAAGCACAGGGUCCCGUUGCUCUCAGGUUCAGGCUAAGUUGCUGACAGAGUGACUGACGGUCAUGCAUGGUCAAAGGAAAAAAUAAUAAUAAUAAUAGCUGUGCUCACCUCUGGGGUUUGACUACGUUCAAAGCUGUUGAGAGUUUUGUUUUAGUGUUUUUAAACUUGUUUGUCUGAGAGUUUUGUUUUCAUAUAAAUAUAUGAGAGUAACAAAUAUCUAUGUAAAUACAACCGAAAUGUUAACUUUUAUCAUGUUUUGGACAGGUUCGCCGCUUCUAACUGUGUCUCUCUCUUUUCCCCUUCAUACCUGUUCUUUGUGUAGUGAAAAAGAAAGGAAAUCACCCCAUCUCUGUAGUUUAAUGGAUGUGCGUAUGAAUAACUGUAUUAUUAUUUUUGCCUUUUGUUGUUUAUUUACUGUCAUUUUCUUUUGUACAAUAAAUCAUUUAUUUAGCUUAA